AUGCAAUUCUCCACUGUUACCAUCGCUCUCGCUGCGGCGUCCCUUUUCAACCUGGGAACAGCAGCUGCUCUGCCCUUUGAGGCCGAGGUAGCAGUUUCGGGCUCAGAGAUUGCCAACGAGCCCCGUUCGCUUACUAAGCGCGCCCGGUACACUCACUGCGCCUGCCAAGUCGGUGGACACACUGGUAUCGACUCUGACGCCACAGCCCGCGUGGUGGGCUUCAACAAGGACCGCUGGGAAUUGGAUAUCGUCGAGACUCCACGAUUCAAAUAUGGCGCUCAUUUCACCGGCUUCUAUGCAUAUGCCAAAAAGGGCUUUGUUGAUGGAACGGCCUUUUACAACGAGUGCUUGCAGAACGGUGCCGGUGACUCCACCUGCUUCGGUCGCCAGUAG